CAUCCGUUCACCCUUCACCCCGUCCCCCUCCUGCUCUCUCUCUCUCUCUCUCUCUCUCUGCGACGGCUGGGGCUACCGACGCCGACGCCGACGACCUACGCCAGGUCCCGAGGCCUUCGUCUUCGUUAGUCUCUUCGCCGGCGACGAGCACGCAUCAGUUUGGUUGGAACUUGGAGUUUAGAGGGAAGAUUUGGUGAUGAGCAGCCGCAGCCCCCCGCCGAAGGAUCGCAGGAUGCGUACCGAACGCACCUCAUACCGUGACGCACCAUAUCGGAGGGACAGCCGCCAUGGUCCAAGCAGGUUUCGUAAUGAUUUGUGCAACAAUUGUAAGCGUCCUGGGCAUUUUGCUAGAGACUGUCCUAGCGUGGCUGUCUGCCAUACCUGCGGGCUUCCUGGGCACAUCGCAGCUGAAUGUUCUUCCAAAGGUAUUUGCUGGAACUGCAAGGAGCCUGGCCACAUGGCUAACAGCUGCCCAAAUGAAGGGAUAUGCCGUAACUGUGGCAAGUCUGGCCACAUUGCAAGAGACUGCACUGCUCCACCAGUGCCGCCAGGAGAAGUGAUCCUUUGCAGCAACUGCUACAAACCAGGGCACUUUCGUGAGGAAUGCACCAAUGAGAAGGCCUGCAACAAUUGCCGGCAGAGCGGCCAUAUUGCCCGUAACUGCACCAAUGAUCCUGUUUGCAACCUGUGCAAUGUUGCUGGCCAUCUAGCCCGUGAGUGCCCCAAGUCUGAUAAAUUGGGUGAGAGGGGUGGGCCUCCUCCCUUCCGUGGUGUUGGCGCUCCCUUCCGUGGUGUUGGCGUUCCCUUCCGUGGUGGCUUCAGUGACGUGAUCUGCCGGGCCUGCAACCAGAUUGGCCAUAUGAGUCGUGACUGCAUGGCUGGUGCCUUCAUGAUCUGUCACAACUGCGGGGGCCGUGGCCACAUGGCUUAUGAGUGCCCCUCUGUGAGUCUCAUGGACCGGUUCCCCCCUCGCCGUUUCUGAAGGACGCGGAGGGGUGUUCAAAUGACUGUUCUUUUCAGCCCAGUGUGUCAACAACAUUUACUUUUGUUUGCUUUAUGUAUUUUCUAAACUGCAAUGGAUUCUAGAUAUUUCAGAUUCAUAAUAACUCGCUAGCAGUAUUUGUAAUUCUGGAUUUGCUACUUGACUCCUAUGUUCUGUUGAUGGUAAUGUUUAAAGACGGGGAUAUUUGUCCUUAUAAACUCAAAUUCAUCCCGUGAGUUUUUAAUAUUAUUCGAAUUGGAACAUCA